AUAAUGUUAGAAAUGAUAUUUAAAAAAGUAAAAGAAAAGUAAAAAAAAAAAAAAAAAAAAAAACUUCCGGCUUAGGCCGUGUCCAGUUUGAGUUUAAAUGCAAAUACAAAUAAGUGCUCAAGGCAUUUGUGCUUGUUCAUAGCCUGCAUUCAAGAGCUGCUUAAAUUCUUCAGAGGCCUGCACUAUGCCAUGGGGUGUUUCCUCACAAUCAGGUCAUGAGAUGAUAUCAUCAUGCUGACAUCAGUUGGAUGAUGCAAUGCUGCUACAGCAACCUUUCUAUUUUUCCUUUUCAUUUUCUAAUGAGUUAAAGACUGCUUGGAUAAAAACACACAUAGAUAACUUAUUUAACCGGAUAAUCUUAAAAUUAAUAAAGCAAAAAAUUUACGGUGAUAUUAAUCCUGCAGCAUAACCACUACCUGCAUUUACCUAUAGCUUUUGUUGUUUUUUGUUUGAAAGAUUUUGGUGGAAAGCUAUUUUUCCCUCUAGAGAAUUAAGGCUAGAGGACAUAAUCUCAAGUAGCAGUUGACAGGAGUCUUAUAUUUGAUAAAUGUUUUAUCCUACUCCUGAGCUCUACAAACUCAUGCUCCUGUCUAGAGGACAACAAGCACAAGCUCCAUCUCAGCUCCCUCACCAGUCGCUCUAUUUUUUAAAUCUCUUGCUAACAAGAAAGUUAAUAAGAAUCAUUUUAUCGAGAAAUGUAAGGCACAAAGAACAAGUUCUUCUGUCCUCAAGGCUUUCCCGUGGUAGAAAACAUACUGACAAUUACAAAGCACUGACACCCGACAAAGCACUGACAAUGUUAAAUAAACAUACGCUUACAGAAAGCUUCUCUAUAUCAACAAUUACAUGUACAGUCAGGUCCGUAAUAUUUGGAAAGUGACACAAUUUUCACAAUUUUGCCUCUGUACACCAUCACAAUUCAAGUGAUUGAAGUGUAGACUUUCAACUUUAAUUCAAGAGGUAUAACAGAAAUAUUGUGUUAACUGUUUAGGAAUUACAGCCAUUUUUUUUUACAGAGUUUCUCUAUUUUCACAGUCUCAAAAGUACUUGGACAACUGACUGAUAAACAGUUUCAUGGACAGGUGUGGCCUGUUUCCUCAUUAUUUCAUGACAAAUAAAGGAGAUAAAAGGUCUGGAGUGGAUUCCAAGCAUUGAAUUUGUAUUUGGUAGUUGUUCAUGGGAACUCUCAAUAUGCGGUCCAAAGAGGUGUCGAUGUGAGUGAAGGAGGCCAUCAUUAGGUGGAAAAAACAGAACAGACCUAUCAGAGAGAUAGUAGAACUUUAGGAGUGGCCAUAUCAACAAUUUGCACUCCAAAAGGCCUGGAAGACCACGGAAGACAACUAAAGUGGGUGAUCGCAGAAUUCUUUCCUUGGUGAAGAAAAACCCCUUCACAACAUCUAGCCAAAUCAAGAACACUCUGGGGGAGGUAGACGUAUAUUCAAGAGAUGCCUUCAUGAAUAUAAAUACAGACAGUUUACCUCAAGAUGCAAACCACUGGUAACACUCAAGAACAGAAAGACUUUGCUAAAAAAAAAAAAAAAAAAACUCUAAAAAAGGCAGACCAGUUCUGAUUCUAGAUUAACUUGUACCAGAAUGAUGGGAAGAGUAUGGAGAAGGAAAGGAAGGACUCAUGAGCCAAAGCAUACCACAUCAUCUGUCAAAUAGGCUGGAGGCAGUGUUAUGGCAUGGGCAUGUAUGGCUGCCAGUGGAACUGGGUGAAGGCAGAAAGACCCACCAACAAGCAUCAACUGAAGGCGGCUGCCGUAAAGGCCUGGCAAAACAAGGGAGGAAAAUCAGCAUUUGGUGGUGUCCAUGGGUUCCAGACUUCAGCCAGUCAUUGACUACAAAGGAUUUGCAUUCAAGUAUUAAAAAUAAUCGUAAUAUUUAUGAUUAUGUUAGUUUGUCCAAUUACUUUUGAGCCUAAUUUCAUAUUAGUCAGAUUAUGUAGAAUGUCUCAUACAAGUCCCUGUGAAUUAGUUACUAUAGAAACAGUAAAAGUAUUAGAAUGAGCUCAUUAAUAGACUAUAAACCUGUGGUUUGAUUUACAGUCGCCACUAUUUUAAAAAUUGUUUUUAGAAAACGAAUCAACCCUUCUUGUUAAUUAGAAUCGAGAAUUCUAUGGCCCAGGGCUACAAUAUAUCAUACAUGUACAAUUCAGUGAACAGUUCUACUAGUUUUUUACUGAAUAUUGUAUACUCUAUACUGCAUCUGUUUAAUUUCUGUUGUAUUUUUUUCUGUAUUAUUUCUGCAACUUAAGAAUUUCACUCAUACUUUUUUUUUUUUUUAAUCCCUGCACAAACUGUGUAAACUGUGAUUUGGAUAUUAUCCAGUACAUUUAUUCCAUGCUAUUGAAGAUGAGCUUAGUGGGCGGGGCGUACAGGUUGAGGGCGGGACUUUCUGCUGAAUGACAAUAGAGUGGAAUCAUUAGGAGAGUCGUUUCGAACUGAACCGACUCACUGGUGAAUCGCGCAUCAUUCCCCGCACUGAUCCACUGAGAGGGCGAUGUGCGGGACAGCGAGGCUGCGCUGAGAAAACGCGGGAUUCAUCACAGAAACAUAACGUUCGCUUUUUAUUGUCUGUAGGCGAAAUGAACGUUCUUGUAGUCAGGAAUAAGUAGAGUCCUCUUGGUUUAUUUCCACGGGUUAUUUCUUUUUUGACUGAAAACAAAAGGACGGGGAUCUCCAAGUGUUUUCUUCUGCCUCGUCCUAACUUCAGUUAAGAAGAAUUCUUCGAGGAGGUGUGACAUUCAGAGAGAGAGAGAGAGAGAGGGAGAGAGAGAGAGAGGGAGAGAGAGAGAGCGAUAUACUCCAUCCAUUGAAGACGGAAGUGAUGCUACUCUGAGAGUGACAUCAUUGCAUCUGGAAGAUUGCAGUUUGACUUUGCAGUAGGCCUUGGCUUAUGGACUUGAACACUGCUUAGGCUUUAGCAGUAAGGAUUAAUCGACCAUUUGAACUCUGCAGCCCCACUUGUGACUAAAGCAGUGACAAAACCCAGUCAUAAUGUUUUCCUUCGUGAGGCUAUUUGUCAUCGUGAAUGUCUUCACUACUUUACAUGUUGCAGUUGCUGUUAGCCCUUUAAAUGGCUUGCCUGGUGUGUAUCAGAAUCUGCAGUGGAGAGCUCAGCUGUGCUGUGCACUGACUUCCAAUGGAAAGGCCAGUGAGGCCAGCACUAGCUCCAACGUUCACAAUCAGAGCCUCAGUCAUGUCAAUAGCCUUCAGCAGUAUCAGUGUCACAUCCAAAACUCCACAAAUAUCACAGAAGAUUCCAGUGUAUCUCAAGUCGUCUCUGAAAACAUCCGUUUGGACAUCCGUUGCUGGCUCGAAGACAAACGAGCAAAUGUAAUUUGUUAUCUAAAACUCCAAAGAGCCACAGCUCCGGACACCAGUCAGCUGAUUAUUAGCCUGAGGCGAGUAGCACUGGGGGCGGAUACAUUGUCAGAUGAAACGAACAUCACUACUCAGGUGCAGUGUCCUGGCGAAGAUGAGAUUACAUGCCUUUUUGCCCUUGAUGCCAACGAUGUCUCUAUGUCAUUGUCUGUUAGUGGAUUUCUCAGUGGUCGUCCUUUACUGGCACCCGAGAUGCACAUCAGCACUGACCUGCUGCGGAAGCCAGACGCACCAUUUCAUCUGCGUUAUAAUGUAACUACUGAGGGUGAGGUGAUGAUCGCCUGGAAUGACUCACAAAAUAAUAAACACCCACUUUACUAUGAGCUCCGCUACUCAUCCAACACUUCUCUCACACACUGGGAGGUGCUUAAUGUCCAGCAUCCAUGGGUGUCUUUGAGUCAGCUCACUUCUGGAGUCAGAUAUACAGUUCAGGUGCGCUGCAAGAGCCUCCAUCACCUUCACUACUGGAGCGAGUGGAGUGACUGGAGCCAGCCGUUCUACCUCACACUUGAUGUGAGCUACAUCCCUGCUGAAGAGUUCACAAGGCCUGGAGCAGAAAUAACAGUGUAUAGUGUGUUGCACAACCACAGCUGGGCUGCCAGUAAGGCUGUGUGGAUGCUGAAUGGCCAGAUGCUUCCAGAAAGCCAAUACCGAAUGAUCAACGAAAGAGUCAGCGCAGUCACUAUCAGGUCGAAAGAACCUGGCUUUGACACACUGAUGUGCUGUUACCCGUGGGGAGAGAGAUAUAAGUGCAGCAUUGCCUACACCAAGGUCUAUGUAGAAGGAUUCUUUGAUGCAAAUAUAACCUGUCAAACUGAUCAGCGUUUGAGAGUUGAUUCAAUGACCUGUAAAUGGAAUAAGAGUGCGUGGGCUGUGAUACGCUUCCUGUACAGAAGUUAUAUGAGAAUGUGUGAGGAGAUACCACAUGAGGAAGGAACCAUGACACAAACACAUGAAGAAACCAUUUCUGGGGUAGAGGAGUGCCCAGAUGGAACUGGAGACUAUCGCGAAUGCACCCUGCGAGACCUAAGUCUGUUCUCUUGCUAUAAGCUGUGGCUAGUUGUGGAGGGCAGUUAUAACAAAGUGAGGUCACUUCCUGUCUUUGUCUCACCCAUAGACUAUGUGAAGCCGUCUCCACCCUCAGACCUGGAAGCAGUCACUUUACCCAACAAAACACUAAGCGUAAGCUGGAAGCGUCCUCACCUGCCUGCAUAUAAUCUGCAGUAUAAGCUACGCUAUGUACCUAUGCAUGGGAUGGCAGAUUUACAGUGGAAGGUGUUUGGCCCUCUCUUUGAGUCAUGGGCAACAAUUCUGGUACAGGACCCAUGCAUACAGUACAAGGUUGAGGUGCGCUGCCGAAGACUUAACGGCUCAGGUUACUGGAGUGACUGGAGCAAGGCUCAUGCAUCCUUGGUUUAUAGUAUUAAAGCACCAGAGAUGGGGCCAGACUUCUGGCGAAUUAUACAAGAGACUCCUGCAAGUUACAAUAAUGUAACUCUGCUCUUUAAGCCACUUCCAGCAGAGGAACCAGCCAGCUGUGUGCAGGGACUUGUAGUGAUGCACCAGACUUCAGGGGGCAACGUGUGGUCAGAUGACAUAGCCCCAAGCACUUUUUACACAUUCCAGUGGAGAGAGGAAGUCCAUAGCAUCACUGUCAUGUCUCGUAAUUCUUUAGGCUCCUCAGCCAAGAAUAGUAACAUGACUCUGGUGCGUCAACCUAAACGACAGUGUGUGCGUUGGUUCCAUGUAGCAGCCAAUGCAUCGUGUGUGUUUCUGUCCUGGAGCCUGGUGGGUGAGCAGCCAUUGCUCCUUUCCUUUGUCCUUGAGUGGCUGGAGCUGAGUGGUGAUUCCAGCCAGGGCUGGACUUCAGCUGGAAGAGUAGAGUGGCUCAGAGUCGCCUCAAACACCAGGGAUCUUCAGCUGUGCCGGCCUUUUUAUGGCACAGAGGAGUUUAAACUGUACCCUGUGUUUGUGGAUGGUGAAGGGGAGCCAGUGAGAUGCACAGCUGUGCGAAGUGACCCUGCAGCCUACAUGCUUCUCAUGAUCAUCGCCUUCCUCUUUGUCGUCCUGCUUGUCACUUUGAUCAUCUCACAAAACCAACUGAAGAAGCUCAUGUGGAAGGAUGUCCCAAAUCCCAACAACUGCUCUUGGGCAAAGGGGAGAGAUUUCAAAAAGUUGGAUGGCAACCUAUUCGGUCAUCAGGAGGGCCUUACUGCUUGUCCACUUCUGCCGAUGUCUGAAAAUGCAUGUGAGGUGGAGAUUGUUGAGAAACUUUUUGUUCUGGAAGAAGACCAAGAAGACAAGGCACUCCUUCACCAUUCAGUCGAUACAGAAGGCCAAAGCACCAAUCUGUCAUCCAUAGAAGGAUCAUUAGAACCUCUUUCUCUCGAUACAUCCACUGUAGCUGCAAGCCCUGAAACGUCAGGCCAGUCGUCUGUAACAUACUCCACAGUCCUGGUGUUUGAUCAGCCUGUCCUCCAGAGGAAGCAGCAGGAGAGUCUGAGCAGCUCCAGUGAUGAAGGCAACUUCUCUGCCAAUAACUCAGACAUUUCUGGCUCCUUCCCUGGAGGCCUGUGUGAGCUGGAGAUCCAUUCCUCUUCUGAUGGUGCCAAUCCCCGAAACUCCUGCUCCUACAACUCAGUGGAGGAGUUUUCUGAAACGUCAGAACAAGAGGAUGAAGCUUCAGAGAGCACACAAGUGUCCAAAGAACUCUACUACAUGGGAAUGAAUGAAGAGGGAGAAGAAGAUGAGCUGGAGGAGGAGUUUAAGGAGGAAGAUGGAACAGAGGAGCAGAUUCCAGAUUCCAGUCCCGAGCUGGACUGCAAGAACUCGAAAGCCAGUGAUUCAAACGUUCCUCUCUAUCUGCCCCAAUUCCGGACUGCAGCCAAUAAACUCUUGAGAGAGACAGUGGGCGACAGCACCAUCCAGCUGUGAUCUGAAAUAUUGGCUCUACCUUCCGGAAACAGGCGACACUGUAUGUUUUAAAUUCUUUAUAAUUCCCUGCUUCUUCCAUGAUCUCAUUCCUGACAAGGAACAUCUGAUCUGGGCAUGAUGAGUUGGACUAAUACAGGAUUUUAAACAGACAGGUUGGUAUAUCACUUUUCUGUGAUUAGUUCAUAUUGCUUCUCUUGUACCUUAACAAUAAGAGAAACUAUGAAAGAAACCAGCCAAAGUUUCUUUGGCACUGUGCCUAGAUGAAACGUUUCCUGUUAUCAGAGCACAGUGUGACUGUGAAUGUCAACCGACAGGUUAAAUGUCAUCCUGUUAUUACUACAACUUGCUGCUUUACAUCCUUCUCACGUGGGAUGUGCCUUGUAUGUUCAAGGGUGGAAAUGAAGUUCUGAAGUACUGACUGAUAUGAAAUGCUGUAAGAGGUAGUAUAUAUCUGUGGCUGCAUGGGAAAACCCUUCACUUUGACAAAUUUUGACAUUUUUUACUAUAUUCACGGUACUGUACAAAAGUCUUAGGCACCCUAUUUUUUUUUAGUAUAAAUUUUGUUAAAGAUUUUUAUUUUAUGACUUCUACAUCAUUGAGUCAGUACAAAAACAUUUAGAUUUCCAAACAUUAGUUUUCUAGCACAAAAUUAAAUUGAACAGAAAAAUGUUUGUAUGUCAGUAAAGAAAGCAGCAUAUUAUGUAAGAGACCACUUUUCAGACAAAAAAAACAGAAUGAAGGCUGCUGAGUUUUGCGUGCAAAAAUAUGUGACCGUCAAAGCCCCCAGAAGAGCUGUUGCUGAUUCUGUAAGAUGCUCGGUAAAACCUACAGCUCAUUUCCUUAUAAAACUGCACACAUUGUACCUGAGACUACUAAUUUUGUUUUUGAAGCAAAGGGUCGUCACACCAAAUAUUGACUUUGUUUCUUGCAUUACUGUUUACUGCUCUUUAUAGUAUUUUUCUUAAUGUAGAAACAUUUAAUUUCAUUAUUUUUGAAGGCAUCUUUGCUCUAUAGAAUUUCUUUGUAUGUGCCUAAGACCUUUACACAGUACUGUAGUUCUGGAAACUACAGGCUUCCCUGAACUGAAUUAUUUUGCAUGUAUCUUAACAAGUUCUAUCAUUUUCAAUGAAUACUCCCAAAAGUGAAAAGGGAGAAAACUGCAUUUAAAAACUCCAUUCCAACUCCACUGGAAAAAAACUGCAUACCUCUACAUGGAAAAACCUACAACAUAACAACAUAACAAAACAUAACAAAAAGUAUAUAGUGGACAAUGAGGCACUGAUUUAUCAGCGUCAUCCAUCAGUCUCUGUCUCAGUACCUGAGGUAAGAGUCACUCAUAGCAUGUAAACACAAGCACAAGGUAAAAGUCACUCAUGGCAUUUAAAAGCAUGUCUGCUGUCAUCUGUACAGAGUGCUGAAGUGCUCUUCGCUGUUUUGAUGAUGAUGAUGUGGCGGCACCAGACCAUCACAAACAUUCUGAGAGCCAGUAUCCGAUUACAAAGUGAACUGAUUAGGCUUAUGUCUGUUAUGCUAUGGCACACUGCUAUCCAACAAUUUGAUCAAAUCUUGAGAAAAGCACACUUAGCUAUCAAGGUUUUAGACAUAUUUAGGCAGACUGACUGACUGCGUUUAAAAAAAAAAAAAAAAUGGCUUGUUAUCCAACAUGAUCUUUGCAGGCUAAGGCCCAAGGCAAGGUUAUAAAGUAAAUAAAAACAUCAUUUUAGUGAAAAAAAAAAAAAAUAAAAUAAUGUGUUUAUGGUUUCUUAAAGUAGAGAGGUGAAAGUAUAUUACUGACCAAAACUUAAUUUUGGUCCAAACCCAGUACUUUGUCAUCUGACUGGUUUUCCCAUCCCACCACACACAUACAGUAGCAGGAAAAAGAAAGGAUGUUAAUUCCUCAGGCAUCAAGAACACAAGACACCGUUGCGGUUUAGUGGAAGACAGUAUUUAAGGUGCUUUUAAAAGCAAGUGCAAUCAGUGCUGUUUAAAACUGUUCAAGAUUUAAGCUGCAUGGUUGAAUCCAGUCAAUCUGUAACAACGUGACAAAUAUUGUGUUAUAUUUCAAUGAUGUUUGAUUGUGAAUGUCUAUUUUGUCAUCUGUGUUUACGUUCUUCGAAAUCUCAAGCAUCAAAUGUGAAAUGUUCUGUCUAUUUUCAGUGUCUGUUAUUUUGUAUCAAAACCAGUGUAUGAUGACCACUGAAUGUUAUUGACAGUGAUGGAAUUUAUUAAAUUGUUAAUGUUUCUAAAGAAUGUGUGUACAGUAUAUAAAUAUUUGAUGUCUAUUUUUCUGGUCUGAAUAAACUUAUUUAUUGCAAGCA